UCUCGGGAAAGUUUAAUAAGGGAUAAUCUCUACGUAUCUAGGAAGUUAACAUCCGGAGAUGACUAAACUCCCCCAACCCAGCGGACAUUAGCGCCCGGCUCAACUGGAAGUAGCCGACCCCCAGCGAUCCCCUAGCGUCCGAGCAGCUAAAAAUCCAGGGGCUAGAGGGGGUGCCAACCUCCACUCUUUUCAGGCCGUACCUGUCAAAAUUCUCGGUUCAACCUAAUCUUCGCUCCAUUUCAUCAUAAUUAUCACGGUGAAGCUUCUCAUAACCUUGUGCUCGAUCCACGAAGACACCUAACUAAAUCCACAUAAAUCGCGCAUCGGCUUAUACGCCACUCGCCAAUUGGUCGUUAGCUACCUUUGACGGUACUCAAUGGCACGAUUGGGAGCCAGUUGAAGAGAACUGAACACACAACUUACCGUGAGCAAGUGUAUGUGUGGUAGAGGGGUUGGGUUUUAAAGUGAGAGCUUCAAAGCAAGCUAUUAAAAAAGGACAGCCACCUACCUAGACUAGACUACACACUAUAUAAACACACAAUGGAACGCCACCGCCAGGCCGUGCGCCUCGUCUCGGCCGCCGUCCGCGCCUACUUCGAGCGGUCGGAGCCGUACCGCAUCUUCCACGGCAGCACGAACAGCACGCGGCCGGCGCACCAGAAGGCCGGGGCUAGGCUCGUCGACAUCAGCGGGCUGCGGGACGUGCUGUCGGUCGACGCGGCGCGGCGCACCGCGCUCGUCGAGCCCAACGUGCCCAUGGACCGCCUCGUCGAGCGCACGCUGGCCCACGGCCUCGUGCCCCCCGUCGUCAUGGAGUUUCCCGGGAUCACGGCGGGCGGCGGCUUCGCGGGCACCGCCGGCGAGAGCUCGAGUUUUCGCCACGGCUACUUCGACGAGAACGUGCGCGGCGUCGAGAUCGUGCUGCCCGACGGCGAGGUCGUGUUCGCGCGGCCCGGGAAGGAGGACGAGGAUGGGGGCGAGUACGCGGAUUUAUUUAAGGGUGCGGCCGGCGCGCUGGGCACGCUGGGCGUGGCGACGCUGCUGGAGCUGCGGUUGAUCGAGGCGAAGAGGUUCGUGCGCACGACGUACAGGAGGACGAGCAGCGUCGCGGAGGCGGUGAGGGUGGUGAGGGAGGAGUGCGAGCGGGACAGGGGGAAUGACUACGUCGACGGCAUCCUGUUCUCCAAGGACCACGGCGUCGUUGUCAGCGGGAAAUUAACGAACGAGCUUCCCGACGACGAAAAGGUGCAGACAUUCAGCGGCGCCUGGGACCCGUGGUUUUACAUGCACGUGCGCGAGCGCACCGCGGCGCUCCCAUCGUCCGCCUCCGCCACGCCGAAGGAAGGGUCCGUCACCGAGUACAUCCCGCUGGCGGAGUACCUAUUCCGGUACGACCGCGGCGGGUUCUGGGUCGGCCAGGCCGCGUUCGACUACUUCCGUCAAGUACCGUUCAACCGCUUCUUCCGCUGGUUCCUCGACGACUUCCUGCACACGCGGAUGCUGUACCGCGCGCUGCACGGCAGCGGCGAGAGCGGCCGCUUCGUCGUCCAGGACGUCGGCCUGCCGUACGAGGCCGCCGAGCCCUUCGUCGACUACGUCUCCGAGCACCUCGGCAUCUGGCCGCUGUGGCUGUGUCCCUUGAAGACGCCGGCGGGACCAAGCUUCCACCCGCACCUACGAUCCGCGUCCGACCUACCCGACGGCGACGGCAACAGUAACAGCUACAGCAACAGCAACAGCAGAAGCAGCAGCAGCCAAGGGAAGAAGGGCGAGGGCCAGAUGCUGAACAUAGGGGUCUGGGGGUGGGGCCCCAAGGACGGCGACGCGUUCGUGCGGGCGAACCGCGACCUGGAGCGGCGCGUCGACGAGCUCGGCGGCAUGAAGUGGCUGUACGCGCACACGUACUACUCGGAGCCCGAGUUCUGGCGCGCGUACGGCGGGCACCGCGCGCGCUACGAGGCGCUGCGCGAGCGGUACCGCGCCGAGUCGCUGCCCAGCGUCUACGACAAGGUGCGCGUCAAGGUCGACCCCAAGGGCGAGAAGGACUGGAAGUCGCGCGUCAAGGCCACCUGGCCGUUCGGCGGCCUCGUGGGCAUCUGGAAGGGUAUUAAGAGCCGGGAUUACUUGCUCCAUCGUAGGGCGGCGUGGAAAUGGAGUGGCGGGGCGGGGGAAAAGGAGAAGUUGGCUUAGUUUAUGUUGUGUGCGUGUGUGUGUGUGUGUUUGUCAGAGUACGAAGUUAGGGAGAGGGGGUUAAGGCGAAAGCAUGCAAAAGGUGAUGUGAGUGGCUUGUGGCUAAGGGCGGGAGAGCGUGCGCGCUAUUUGUAUUAGUAUUCCUACCGAUACCUAUAUCGGGUAUUUUGAGGUAAGGUAAUCAGCAUCGAAGUGUGGGGUAGAGGGAUAGAUCAUUAUAGACUGCCUAGGGCUAGUAGGCUGGCUAUCUGGGGGGCGGGGGAAAUAAAGGGGGUUCAAUGAGCGCGUAUACAUCGUUAUAUGAUAUGCCUAGGUACUAUUAACUCGAAAUGAAGUGUGUACUUGCUAUUAUUUAGCUUUACCAGGGGCACGUGAAGAAUUCUCUGCGCAAGUUGGCUUUGGUCGGUGGAAUAUAUCGCUCCAUUCUGGGAAAGAGUAGAGAGCAUUACGAGGGAAUACCUAGAUAGUUAACGGGGUUUGUAGAAAGCCUUUGCUUACAAGGGCGGGAUGAAAUCUGGAAGGUGAUUAGGAAAGGGGCCUGAUACUAAUGUACCGACUACUUAAUAAUCGUUAUAGGCAUUAAUUAUAC